UAAUUAUCCUAUUUUACGUUGUGCAUGUAUGUAAUUGCUGAGUUGCGUCUCUUUUUUAUUCCACCCCCCGUUAAUACGCACGCCUCGAUUUCGACGCAUGUGGCAUGAAAACAGUGAAUGAGGCGCUUCAACUUGAUAGCCUGUUUUAGGGUUAACCAGCCAGCUAGCCACGCAAGCUAUCGCUUCUUCUGCGAGCCAACGUUUGGACUCGUCGGAAGGGCGUGCGAGUUUGACGUGUUCUUCUCAGUCCCGAGUUUUAUGCAACGCGGUCUCAACACUUACCUGAUCUCGCUAUAACGAAGCAAAACAACAUGGAGGCGGAGGGGGAUUACUUUGCCCGAGAUUGACGGCAACGAGCGAGGGGGAGAGAAUAAGAGCAAGUCAGUGUGGAUGGGAAAAGUUGAGCUGAGGUAUGAAACUCGCAUGCACAGAAGGAAUGUGAAAGUAGUAUUUCUGCUGAACAACACGCGUGGGGUGGAUCUGGCUGUACGGCACUGAAAUGAGGUGGAAGAAGCGAUGCGAUGGGAUUAACAACUCGGAAUAAACUGUAGAAGAAAGGUUUCAAGUCUUACUUUGGAUAAAAGGGCAUGCAACAACAUAAGUGAUGGAAUCCACGGCUGUGAGCACCUCCACUCUGGCCCCUGAUGAGUUUGACAGGAAUGUGCCGCGCAUCUGCGGUGUGUGUGGAGACAAGGCCACAGGCUUCCACUUCAACGCCAUGACCUGUGAGGGCUGCAAGGGCUUCUUCAGGCGCAGCAUGAAGCGCAAGGCCUCCUUCACCUGUCCCUUCAGCGGGAGUUGCACCAUCACCAAGGACAACCGGCGCCACUGCCAGGCCUGCCGACUGAAGCGCUGCGUGGACAUCGGCAUGAUGAAGGAGUUUAUCCUGACGGACGAGGAGGUGCAGAGGAAGAAGGACCUAAUCCAGCGCCGCAAGGACGAAGAGGCGCAGCGCGAGGCCCAGAGGGAGGCGCGCAAGCCCCGCCUGACGGACGGCCAGACCCUGGUCAUCUCCACGCUGGUGGAGGCGCACCACAAGACCUUCGACGACUCCUACUCAGACUUCUCCCGCUUCAGGCCUCCAGUGCGUGAGGGCCCGGUGACUCGUAGCGCCAGCAGGGCUGCUUCCCUCCACUCUCUGUCAGAUGCCUCCUCUGACUCCUUCAGCCACUCUCCAGAAUCAGUGGACGCCAAGCCGGUGAACUUCAACAACCUGAUGAUGAUGUACCAGGAGCAGGGAGGCAGCCCAGACUCGAGCGAGGACGGCUCCCGCCUCUCCAUGCUGCCCCACCUGGCCGACCUCGUCUCCUACAGCAUCCAGAAGGUCAUUGGCUUUGCCAAGAUGAUCCCUGGCUUCAGGGAGCUGACCGCCGACGAUCAGAUCGCCCUGCUCAAGUCCAGCGCCAUCGAGGUGAUCAUGCUGCGCUCCAACCAGAGCUUCAGCCUGGAGGACAUGUCCUGGAGCUGCGGAGCGCCUGACUUUAAAUACCAGAUCAGCGAUGUUACCAAAGCCGGUCACACUCUUGAGCUGCUGGAGCCUCUGGUGAAGUUCCAGGUGGGCCUGAAGAAGCUGAACCUCCAUGAGGAGGAACACGUGCUGCUCAUGGCCAUCUGCCUGCUCUCUCCAGACCGCCCCGGGGUCCAGGACCACGCCCGCAUCGAGGCCCUGCAGGACAACAUCUCGGAGACCCUGCAGGCCUACAUCCGCCUGAGCCACCCGGGUGGCCGGCUGCUGUACGCCAAGAUGAUCCAGAAGCUGGCGGACCUGCGCAGCCUGAACGAGGAGCACUCCAAGCAGUACCGCUCCCUGUCCUUCCAGCCCGAGCACAGCAUGCAGCUCACCCCCCUGGUGCUGGAGGUGUUCGGCAGCGAGGUCUCCUAGAGCCGUCCUCCUCAGAGAGGAGCCCCCACCGCCCCCCCCCGUCCCACUCCGUGAGGUCAGGGGGAGGCGGGUAGAGAGAGGGGGUAGGAGGGAGGGCCAGGCAGGAGGGGUACAACGUGGGAGGGAGGAGGCAGAGAAGGCGCUGGAUGAAGUUGUGGUUUUUAAGGAGAAGUGUGUGUUUUGUGUCUAUCAGUAGGUCUGUAAGAAAGUCUCUGUGCGUGCGCUCGUGUAUUUAGUGGGAGUCGGUUGUGUGGUAUAACAGAAGUUUGUCCGAGUGGGACCUUGAUAUGGCCGAAGUGGUCCAGUGGGGACUAGGCAAAGAUGAGGAGAGAGAGAGCUACAAGGGAACUCCACGUCUCUCUCGCUCGCGUGCGCGCGCGCGCGCACACACACACACACACACACACACACACACACACACACACACACACACACACACACACACACACACACACACACACACACACACACACACACACACACACACACACACAAUACCUAGACAUCAAACUUCUGCCUAAAACAUAUUUGACGUAGUGUUUUUUUGUCUGUAUUUAAAUGAAACUGCUGCUUACCACACCUGGACAGUAUAUGUACACACAUCCACACAACAAGCAUACUCAAUUUUUUAAUUUAGCCAUUCAGUUUCAACUACCUCUUGGUUUUGCUUAGGGUUGUCUACAUGCACAUCGCCUAUGUAAAACAGUACAUUUCUUCCACACAAACAGUGACACACAUAAGGAAAUGCAGUCAAAUCUGUGUUGAAUGCCUGUACAUUAGUCUUGUCGACGACGCUGUGUACAUAUGACUCUGUAUGUGCUCGAAACAUGCGCCUCCCGUCGCCUCUCACCUUUCACCAGAGGUGCAGCCUGCUACAUUCUCAAAAAGCUUCCACAAUCUACAGAAACGACAACAUAAGGAACCGCACCAAGGCCUUCUCUCGCAUGCAGUCACACACUACAUGCUUUUUUUUAUUUAGCUGUUUCGACUUGCCUCAAAGGACUUAUGAAGGAAAGGAUGGGUGCACACCUGGGGGUUUUAACGACAGAGAGCAAAAUCUAGCCUUCUAAUUUAGCGGGGUUGUGCCGUGGUUUUUAUUUGGGAUGGGUGGUUUUGAGGUGAGAAUUAGCCACUAAAUGUGUUUUACACUGCUAACUGUCAAUCAAACCAGGCCUGCAUUCUGGCCGGUUUCUCGUCUCUUUUUUCAAAUCAAGAGUUUGCUGUAAAUAGUUAAAUUGCCUCACAUUGUAUUGUAUCCGUAAGCACUGUUAUUCAACCUUUUUUCUUUUGUAUUUGUAUAUGUUCUGUAAUAGAUUUUAAAGGGCUACAAUGCCAAAUCUAACUGGAACAGUAAAACAAGGCCAAAGCAAGCUAGCAACUGGCCUAACUUGUAUUAUAGAAGCAAACAUACCAUACCAGGAAUUGGCAUCGAUGCAGAUGUUUUAUUGCGAUGGAUGCUUUUUAUUAUCGACAAAAACUUCAAACCUUAAAACGAUUCCAUGAAUUGUUUCUCCUCUGUGUACAGUGAGCUGGGUGGCAGGAGAGCUCAAUAAGCUGCUUCAAACCUCCUCAGAUAUCACCCCUUUCGUUUCUGACUGGGAAGUGGAAUUUGUAGAAUGUCCGAGGGUCUGGCCUUCAGAGCGCGCCUCUGACGCCCAGGUCCUCCCGUUCGAUUAAGUAUGCUGCGCGGCCCCCUAGUGGCCGCACCCUGUAAAUACCAGGUGUAUAUUGUUUUUUUGUUUCUUUCUUGCGCAGCUGUACAUAGGGCUACGUAGAUAUUACUAGAAGAGUAAAAAUGCAUUCUAUAUUUGCAAAUAUGAUAUUGUUGCUUUUCUUUUUUUGAUGACUGGUUUCUUCCUUCAAACACUUUGGUCUUUUGGACUUUGUAUUUGUUUUUUUGGAGUGAAUAAGCAAGGGGACAGAUUAUAAUCGUAAAGGACGUGUUUGUUUUUUUGACACAGUGGUUCAGGGGAGGUGGGGGGAGGGAGGACUGGUUUGGUUCUGUUCCAAGUUACACUUUUUAAGAUAAAUAGGAAGAAAAGAGUGCGCUGUGAAGGAUUACCAUGCAGUGCUGCUCACUAAUGUAAGCCAUAUAGAUCACCAAGCUAGUUAUACAACUCUUUAUAGUAGACGUAGAAUGAGGGAGAUUCCGAGCCUUGGAUAUGCUGUUAAUAUAACCUUGUAUACUUAUACCUUGCAUAUCCCUGGCUUCUCAUGAUUCUCUUUAAGCCCCGCUUGUAUAACCUAUACCGUACCCUGUAACCUGCUAUAAAAAUCCUCUUCCUCUUCAUCCUCAGGUGGCAUAGGUGAUUUUUUUACAAGUCCCAAUUGUGACUAACGACAUUUGAGGCCAGUAAUGCUUGAUUGGCUGCGGUUUGGGAUAUUAAGUAGUGGGAGAGUUGUUGAAGUGAUAUUUGUUUCCAUUUGUCUUGCCACCACUUUGUGAGACAAUGACCUCGAGGGAGCGAGGCAGAGAGAGAGACAUCGGGCUGACCACAAGCUUGAGAGGGGGUCAUUGACCCUUUGUCCUAAGGGACUUGGCGGUAGCUUCACGGCAGAGAUGUGUGAUAAUGAUAGUGGUGAUAAUAAACAGCGGAGGUGUUCUUGUAGGCGGAGCGAAGGGGUCUUAACGCGCCCCUCCAUAGGUACAUGCAACCUCGAGGGUGCUUAGGAACGCUGUUGAAACGUUGACAGUGGCUGAGGAGUUUCCUGCGUAUGAGCGAUGAUUUAUAUCCACAGAUGGUGUGUCCAAAGGCCCCUUCCCCCCACCCCCCCAAAAAUAUCAUGCUAUGGGUCUAAAUCUGGCGUCUCACUGGAAUCUGUUGAUUUAGUGGAUUGUACAUUCUCAGCACCCCUGUGCAUGAGCUGGGUGUUGUGGUGUCGGGCCCCCUGGACGCGCCCCUGCCCCCUGACCAGGCUGUGAUCCUGGCUAGGACUGGAGGUCAUCAAGUGAAGUGUUGUAAUUGUUGGUUAUUUUUAUUUUUCCUUGUUAUAAGAUCUAGUAGUUUUCAGCUGCUCCUAUUUUAAACGACCUUAAGGAGAGCUCUACUCGCUUUGUUUUGUUUCAAUUUCUUCUUAUUUGCAGUUUUUCCGCAACUGUUGAUAGAAAGGUUGGGACAAUGUUUGUGUGUGUUUGUCUUGCUGCCAAUGAAACAACCAAAGCACCAGGGCUCACAUGUAAUUUAGGUCUGAGAGAAUGGCAGAUAACAGCAGGCACACUCAAAAAUCGGUCCAACUGUGUCUUAAAACACGAGACAUAUACGUUCUACAAAUAUAGCUUGACGGUCAACAUCAUCAGAAGGAUGGACUCCGCUCACCAAAGCAACUAAAACAUCUCUGUUUAUUGUUAUCUUUCAUUAUUUCACAGCAACUUAUCUGCUGACGAUUCUUGUACGCAGGAGAAAACAAACCGUCACGAGACGUCCGUCAGGGUGUCUGCAUUAUGAAAGGAAACAAACAAACGUGUAGAAUCAGGCCAGCCUUGUCCUCUCAGUCACCUCCAUGAUGGCUCCCAUCCUAACAGAUGACCAUAACACAGCUAGCUAGACGCUCGGUUGGAACCGCACCUCGCGCAGCAAAGGAAGGCCCAGUAUGGCGCUGCAAGCUCCCAUCCAGUAAAAUAAGUGGAUUAACAUGAAUCCCUGGGCCCAUUUGUUCAUUAGUCAUCUGAUCGGAUUACGGCCGAUUGGAUCAAAUCUUGAAAUGGGUGGUUCAAAAUAAAAAAAUGGAUUCUGAAAUCGGAUUAGAUCUCGUUGGUUUGAUCCCAAAAAUCCGGAUUAGCCUGAUCCCAGUGGAAUGGUGGAUUCAAGGAGGCUUUCAGGAACAAAAUAUAAUACAAUUUAAAAAAAAAAAAAAAAAUGAUAUAAUAUAAAAUUUGUAUAUUGUGGUGUAUAUAUAAAUGUAUUUAAUAUUUGAUUAAUGAAAUAGUAGACCCCAGGCUACCUAUUAAGCCUUUCUAUUCAUUAAAGAAAACAAAAUAAAUCACGCCAAUUGAAGUUAACAUCAAAGAAAAGUCAUUUGUUAUCACUUAUCAUUAAUUAUAUGAGACGAAUCAGACAAAAGUAGUUUUAUUCUACCUGUUGUUCUUUACAUAGGCAGAAGUACUACAUGGUGAUAAAUAGGCUAGUCCAAUUUAGAGCACUUGUAAUCCGGAUUUGGUAUCCUGAAAGUUUGCAUCUGGAUCAAGGUGAUCCAAUGCAAUGUGGCUUUGUAAAACUGGCACACAAGUAAAAUGGAUUACCUGAUCCUGGAGGGCAAAAAAUGGGAUUUCCAAAUCCGGAUCAUUCUGAUCCAGAUUAUAUAUUGAACAACUGGGCCCUGGUGUUGAUCCAGUGCCCCUAUUGGGAAUUGUAAUGGAUGAAGAUGUUGAUGAGGAUACUGCGAUACUUUAUAUACACAAGUACCACUUGUACAGGAUGUCAGGGUUGGGCGAUAGGUUGCGACCCUCUGGGUUAUUGAAUAUGACUUUUCAAGUACUCUUCUCAAGUCACAAUGCUAAUGCUUUGCGACGAUUAUUACCUCUGUAGAUAUGGCUGCGUUUUUCCUUCUUUUCUCUUUCUCCGAUCGAGAUAUAGUGUUGGUAGGAGUAGUAGACAGGAACGUGGAUCGUUUGGUUAUCCAGCAAGUGCCACAGGAGGGGCGUCCCUCUGCACACACACAGGGUAACAGAGGGGAUUCACUUUGGGUACACACGGGAACCAAGCUGGGGGUCGAAUCGAGGGGUGGUGAUGCAGAACCGCUUUUAUUUUGAAGUUGUUUGAACAAUUUGAACAACUUGUUGAAAUUAGGGAGAGUGUUUAGGCAGCCAACCGAUAUUAUUCCCAGAGAUUCUUAAAUUCUAUCUUCGGAAAAACAACAACAACAACCACAGCUUGUUCAUGCAUGUGAGGAGAGUCGAACGGGAAUUAGACGCAUCUCCAAGUUAUUAUAAAAAAUUCUCCACUAAGCUGCUUCGAAACCAUCAAAUCUAACUUUACUAUUUUUCUUAUAAUACUGGAACAUUGAAAGUCUCAUGGUAAUGGGAAUCUUUUAGAAUGGUUUUUACGUAGGUUCGUAAGAUACCUGCCAUGUUAGAAAUAAUAUUCAUGACAACAAUACCUGCAAUAUGAAAGUUAAUGGUACACUAUCACCAGCAAGCUUUACAGUUUAUCAUGUUUUAUGUUUUUUUUGUAUCAUGGAUGUACAAAAAACUAUUACCAUUACAAAACCGGUCAAGAGAGCAUUUAUUCUUGAAUAAUUAGCAGAGAACAGUAAUGGCCAUCUCCCACCUAAUGGCUCAAGAGUAAUUUUUCCAAAAUGGGACAGGGAUUGUAAUGAGAUCAAUUCAAUGUAGUUCUUAAAAAGGAGCGCCACGACUCGGCGCACACCAUAAUCUACCUAAAAAAAAAACUACCUCUUUUAGCUACAGAUAUUUGCUUUAGCAUUAAGCAGUUGCCUCUGUUUUUACUUUUGUAAUAUUUGUAUUCUUGUUGGUAUUUAUUGCUGUCUAAUUAAUCAUCUUUAAUGAUUACCUCAGAGAUAUCUCAUGCAGAUUGGGAGUGUCUAGCUAAUGAAGUCAUUCGGUUUUUGUUUUUAUUUUGUACAAUAUGUGUUUUUGUUCUCCUUUUUCUCCGACUAAGCAUUACCUUUUCUAUUUCAUUUCUCUUUGUCAUUUGAAUACUUUUUUUUUUACGCACAAAAACACCAGGACUUGUUUUCAUACAGUGCCUGCAGUCUGACCAAUGGGACAAAGGCUGGCUCACGUGAGACUACAUUUCCUCCAAAAGUAACAUUCUUCCUCGCAUGGCCCUCGCUUUCUGGCAGUUCCCGCCAAGAGUAGGUUGUUUUCAGCGGUGUAGUCAAGUGUUCCUUCUCGCCGCAGCGCGGGCAUCUAUUUUGUCCGCAACGCUUACGUUAGGGAAUGGUUUGGAGUGAAUGCAGCCCUUUAGACGGAAAAAACAAAACAGAUGGAUAAUAUAUUUUUUUGCGUGCAAAAACGUUGCGUGCAUGAGCCCGCCUAUGUACCUUUGGCAUGGUUUUCUGCUCGUUGAAUAUCCAUCAGCCUUCCUACUAUGCUCCCGCUGUCCACUAGGUGGCUCACUCACCCACACAGGACCGUAACGAAGGAGCUCGGUGGGAGGAGUUUCUAGAGAGGGUCAGGAAAUGUGUUCCAAUGCGAAAGCAGCUUUGUACUUAACAGCAUCAUUUAGUCACGGGUUGUCCACUGUACAUACUCAAGACAGUAGUCCAGAUGCGAUACAACAUACAGAAUAGGCCUACUUGGCGGUGGCAUUUAGUGGGGAAUAUAAAAUCAAACAAGAAGCUUGUUGUACAAUAUUAAUGGAACAACUACUCACUUUAAAUUGAAACAAAACAAGUAUUGUUUUGUCUGUGUUUUUUUCUUUUCUUCUUCUUUUCUUUUCUUGUUCUAUUCAUGUCAAACUGCUUCAGUUAAACACUGAAUUAAAUUUAGAUGUUUAUUGAUCGAUUAAACUAAGAAAACCGUGUGGCCACAGUUGUGCAUCCCAUAAUCUGUGUUUCCAUGGAAAACUUCUACAGCACAGGAAAGGGUUCUUACUGCGCCUUUUUGAAUGUUCACCAGCUAACCUCUGAGAUGAAUAAGAAAAUAUGAAUAAAGUUAAUACAAAAAAGGACCUUUACUGAUUUUAAAAAGAUGUUCAGGAUUGGCCCACUAUUUAAAAACAUUAGCACUCGUACCAAUUAUAUGUAAUAGUUAUUCCUUAAGAUAAAAAAACAUUUGAUUUGAUAUUGAAUUGUAACCCUAUCAUUCAAUCGAAAGCCUGAAACAACGAAAGCACUUAUUGAGAUGUCUGUAACAUGCAUAUUUUAAGAUGAAUAUUCUAGCCAUAAACUGCCUGUUUAAAUCAGCAUGUCAUGGCUCCAAUUAUAAAGCAGUUAAUUCAUCUAAUCUCUAACGUUAUUGCAAUGUAUGUUUUUGUCCCAUUUCUUUAAAAAAAUAUUAUUCUUUUUCUAUUUUAAAUCGGUGUUUAUGUAAUGUUAUUUUUGUCAGAUGUUUUGCAAAUCAAAAAUAAACAACUACAUAGUAUUCAA